AUGAAGUUCUCUCACAUUGUCGCCGUUCUAUCUGCCCCCUUGGCGGUAGCUGCGCUUCCGGCUGCUGCCCCUGAAGCCAAUGUCGUUGCUGCUGCCGAGCAGGACGUUUCCAGCACUUUGCUGGAAGCCCGCCAAAACCGUCGGCCUACUCCAUGCGUGAGAAAGACUGAUCCUGCCCCUACUCAAGAGGAGACAGAUGCUCGGUUCGGCGAGUUCGUCGAGGUGUUUGUCGGCUCCAGAAAGAACAUCAGCCGUGCCUUUGAGUUCAUCAACCACAACCCAAUGGCUCAGAAUGGACAUGCAUCGGCCUGGAGCAUCCUUGGAAACAUGUGGGGCGGCAUUCAACACCGCUACAUCCGAAGCACCAUCCGCGGCAACAUGUCGUGGGUAAACUAUUCGGCCCCUGGCUUUGGCACCAUUGUCGACCGGUUCCGGUGGGAGGGAGGAUGCAUUGUCGAGCAUUGGGACCAAGGAGAGCGCUAUCCCGCAAGGAAAUAA